CUCCCAGUUCCCGGCAUGCCCCGCUCCGCUCCCGCGCACCGCGGCCACCUCGGCGCCCAUUGGCCGGCGCGGGGGGCGGGGCCGCGGCGGAUUGGCUGGGCGGCGCGGGGGCGGGGCCGGCGGGCGCGGGCGCGGGAGCGGAGCCGGCUCGGGCAGUGCCGGGGUUUCGCCAUGAGCUGCGGGCCGGUGUCGGCGGCCGGCGGGGCCGGGUCCCCCGGCAAGGCGCGCGGGCAGAUCCAGGUGAUCUUCGGGCCGAUGUUCUCCGGGAAGAGCACGGAGCUGAUGCGCCGCGUGCGCCGGUUCCAGCUGGCGCAGCACCGCUGCCUCCUGGUGAAGUACGCCAAGGACACGCGCUACGGCCUGGGCGGGGUGUGCACGCACGACCGGAACACCAUGGAGGCGCUCGCGGCCUGCUGCCUCAAAGACGUGUACCAGGAGGCGCUCGGCUCGGCGGUGAUCGGCAUCGACGAAGGCCAGUUCUUCCCAGACAUCGUGGAGUUUUGCGAGGCAAUGGCCAACGCUGGGAAGACUGUAAUUGUCGCUGCUCUGGAUGGCACCUUCCAGAGGAAGGCGUUUGGGAGCAUCCUGAACCUGGUCCCCUUGGCAGAGAGCGUGGUGAAGCUGAACGCCGUGUGCAUGGAGUGUUACCAGGAAGCCUCGUACACCAAGAGGCUGGGAGCAGAGAGAGAGGUUGAAGUGAUCGGGGGGGCGGACAAGUAUCACUCUGUCUGCCGCCUCUGUUACUUCCGGAAGCGCCGCCAGCCGAGCGGGCCCGAGAACAAGGAGAACCUGCCCAUGGGGGUCAAGCAGCUGGAAGCCGCUGUCUCUCGCAAGGUGUUUGCUUCGUGACAUGACUGAUCCUGUGGCAGAGCCAGCAGGCUGAGCAGGGGAGGCUAGGGGCUGUGCUGCCAGGCUACUAUAGCGCUGGCUUCCCCUGCUCUCAGCACUGCCGCAGGGUCUCCCAAACCUAACUGCCGCUUACCUGCACCGCACUGCCAAACCGCAUGGGGCCCUGGGGGUGGACAAGAGGGAAGGGAUGGAAAGGUGGGGGCAAGCCAGAACAGCAGGGAGGCCUUUUGGCAGGGGUAGGUGCAAGGAUUUGGAGGCAGCGGCUGACCCUGCUGGCCUCUAGCUCCUGUCCAGUCCAGCCCUGCCUGCUGGGAGCCCGGAGUCCCUGCCAUGGGGUCACAGAUCCUCACGAUAAUCAGCCUGCAGCACUUCUGCCUCUUGCCUGUGUUCUCGCAGCCUGGCCCUGUUCCUAGCCAGCCCUGGCGGGGGGGCAUGCUGGCUAGUCUUCCAGCCUUAACCCUAACGCUUGUCCUUCCACCUGAACAUCAGGUUCCCUUUAAACACUGCCUAAGCAGCUGUCAGUCUCUGCACCAACAAGCCCUGAGGCUCUUCCCUUUCCCCUCACUGUCACAUUCCAGGGGUCCUGCUUACAGCCAUUUCUCCCAGCCGAGUCCAGCGAGCCCUGCACUUCACAGCAGGUCUGAACAUGUUUUUCCUCAUGCUGCGCUCGUUCCUCUUGAGGAAUGCAAAGUUUCAGGCUUGGCUUUUUAUUGUUAGUAACUUAGCAGGAGCAGAGCCCUGGCCCUGUCAUCUCAGGCUGGGAAACAAAGCCUGUCCUUGGGGGGCAAGCAGGGUUCUGCGCUAGACUGCAGAAAGCUGCCCUGGGUGUAGUGGUGCUGGCAGAGGUGCUAAUGGGCUGUGUCUGAUCAAGUGAAGGCCAGUCUUGCCAGGCUGCUUCACAUAGACCCAGGUGCCUUAGGACCUGAGCCUGCACAUUGGCCUGUGGCCACAAGGGAGCGUGGGUCCGUGCUGGUGUUGGCCUUGCAGGGCUUCUCCAGUAACAGCACUGGUCCUUCCCUCUCUCCACACUAGCGUUAGGCUUCCCCAGGGCUGAGAGACUAACCCAGGAGUUACAGCUCCUCUGGCUUCAGCAUCUGUUGCUUGUAGGACCUGGCCUUCUCUCAUUUCCUUGCCUGCUGGACCUUAUACAAGUAUCUUGGGCCUGUUGCUUCCCUACUCAGAGGCGAUGAAGAAAAGGGUGGCUGGCCUGACUGACUGGCCCAGCGUCCUCAGGUAGCCAGGGUUUUGCAGGCUGGGCUCACUGCUGUGGGCAGAGACCUGAGAGUAAGCCUUGCUGCAUCCCAGGAAGCUCUAACCCACGAGCAGUUCCUGUCCUGCCCUGGGAGCAGAGGCUGCUGCUUUCAAGCCUGUACCAGAAUGCCCUGCAGGGCAGUGUUUCUGCUGCCAACGCUGCACUUUUUCAAACCAACCCCACCCCAGAGGCAUGGAGAUAACUCGAAAGAUGCUUGUGACAGGAAGCCUGCAACUGCCCCCUUCUGCUUGCUGUCCUGGUGACACCCGGCUCUUCCCUUGCUGGUGGCAGCUGGCCAGGGAAGGCGGAGGUGCCUGUGGCAUUGCCACAGUUUUAGAUUAAUAAAUAACUUAUGAAACAGA